GCCGCUCUUGGCUGCGCGCAGCUCCACCCAGCCGGCGCCGGUUCCUUCUCUUGAUUGCAACUUUACGCGUCCGAAAACGUACACUAGAGGGCGGCGCUGAGCGCUCCUGGCAACGCGCGCGGUUGCCGCGGCUGUUGCAGAAGAGCUGGUAGAAGCGCUGGGCUGUUGAGCGGCGCUGGGUCGGGGCUGCGGCUUGCUCCCGAGGAGGACGGGAUCGGAGUUGUUUUCAACGCGGGAAGGAGGGAACGUGGGACUUUCGUCCCACCGAUCUUUGCCCAGCCCUUGCAGCGCUAAGAAGAAUCAGGUCGAACUGCGAGGGCUUGCCCAAAGCGGGGCGUCCUGCGUGCUUCGGGCCAGGAAAACAUGCCACAGACGCCUCCCUUUGCAGCGAUGUUUGACAGCAGCGGUUACAACCGAAACCUGUAUCAGUCCAAAGAGGAUAGCUGCGGAGGACUGUGUUACCAUGACAACAACUUGCUUUCGGGAUCCUUGGAAGCCCUCAUCCAGCACUUAGUGCCCACCAUUGAUUACUACCCCGAUAGAACCUACAUAUUCACCUUCCUCCUCAGCUCUCGGCUCUUCGUGCACCCUUACGAGUUAAUGGCAAAAGUUUGCCAUUUGUGUACCGAGAAGCAGAGGCUUGUGGAGCCUGCAGCUGAUAAAAGUCGGUUACGGAAAAUCGCCCCCAAAAUUCUGCAGUUGUUAACAGAGUGGACAGAGACGUUUCCGUAUGAUUUUCGAGAUGAGCGAAUGAUGAGGAAUUUGAAAGAGCUGGCCCAUCGAAUAGCGAGUGGAGAUGAGAUGUACCGGAAGAACGUACAGCAAGUCAUCCAAAGUCUAAUUCGGAAGUUGGCCUCGCUUAGCCAGUACGAGGAAGUGCUUGCGAAGAUCACUGCCAGCUCAACGGACAGGCUAACUGUGCUGAAGACCAAACCCCAGGCCAUCCAGCGGGACAUCGUCACCAUCUGCAGUGACCCCUAUAUGGUGGCUCAGCAGUUGACCCACAUAGAGCUUGAGAGACUCACUUACAUAGGACCACAAGAAUUUGUCCAAGCAUUUGUACAAAAGGAUCCAUUGGAUAACGAUAAGAGCUGCUACGGUGAUCGGAAGAAGACUCGGAACCUGGAAGCCUAUGUGGAAUGGUUCAAUAGACUGAGUUACUUGGUGGCUACAGAAAUCUGCAUGCCUGUCAAGAAGAAACACAGAGCAAGGAUGAUAGAGUUUUUCAUCGAUGUGGCCCGGGAGUGUUUUAACAUUGGCAACUUCAACUCUUUAAUGGCCAUCAUUUCCGGAAUGAACAUGAGUCCUGUCUCUCGAUUGAAGAAAACCUGGUCGAAAGUCAAGACAGCCAAAUUUGACAUUCUUGAGCAUCAAAUGGAUCCUUCCAGCAAUUUCUACAAUUACCGCACAGCUCUACGCGGAGCAGCUCAAAGGUCCUUGACAGCUCACAGCAACAGAGAGAAGAUUGUGAUCCCUUUCUUCAGCCUGCUAAUCAAGGACAUUUACUUCCUCAACGAGGGCUGUGCCAACCGCCUUCCCAGUGGCCAUGUCAAUUUCGAGAAAUUUUGGGAACUGGCUAAACAAGUGAGUGAAUUUAUGACAUGGAAACAAGUGGAGUGCCCUUUUGAGAGAGACCGGAAAAUUCUUCAGUAUCUGCUCACCGUCCCAGUCUUCAGCGAAGAUGCGCUCUACUUGGCUUCCUAUGAGAGCGAAGGGCCUGAGAAUCACAUCGAAAAGGACAGAUGGAAGACUCUAAGGUCAACGCUUCUGGGAAGGGUUUAAAUUGUGACUGGCUUUCUGCUCCUGCUGCUGCUGUUACAGGGAUUACGAUGAAGGGGCCGUUAUUUUUGUCCCUUAUUUAUUUCCUUCCCCCUCCUUUUCAACCAAGUGACUUUUGAGUUGUGAAGACUCCGCUGCCGGAUGAGACAUGUCAGAUGAACAAAGAGAACGACUUCUCAAACUUGUCAGAGCAUCAGAUUUUUUCAAGUUUUUUUUGUUAUGGCUGAUUGAUCAAAGACUGCAAGGAGGCCCUUUUGAAGAUCUGACUUUCCUUUUCUGAGCCCUUUUGAAACACCUGGAUGAGGUUCCCUGCCCUGCCCUCUCCCCCGUUGCUCCUUUGAUGUCUGACGGCUUGCUGCUACUUGCGUUUUCCAGUGUGAAAGCUGGAUUCUCUAACAAACUUCCACAUCAGUGCUUGGAAUUCUAAUUUAAACUCUUUCCUGUGUCCGGCAAGGAACACAAAGACAUCUGCUGAAACUCAUCUAGGAACUUGGCUUUCCUCCUUCAGGAAAAGAAAAGGCUCGUACGGAAUUGAAAUGGACUUCCAUAUUUUUUGUUUUCUCCACUAUUUAUCAUGGAAAGAGGAUUAAUUAUUACUCUGAUAUUCUUUGGGGGAUUUUUUCCCCCUUUGGCUGGAGUUAGCUGCUGGUUGGCAAACUCAUCUUACAUAUUAUUUAAAAACUCAAACUAAUAAUGAGAUCGAGUGUUGUGAUAGGAAAAGCAGGCCCUUGAAGGAAGCAUAACGAAAUGUAGCUAGAUUGUGUAGAAAAGCGAACACCCCAACGAAUAUUCGUCAGGUAUGCUUUAGGCUGUUCCUGCAUUAGGCAAGGGGGUUGAACUAGAUGGUCUAUAAGGCCUCUUCCAACUCUUUGAUUCUGUGACACACCCACCCAAGAAUUUGUGUUUGUUUUCAGGGUACAUCUGCAUAUGAAACCAGUUUAACUUCCUGGCUUUCUAUAAAAAAAGUUGGGAAUUGUCAUGCUGGAGCAUUAAGGAGACACUUAGCUUAGCUCAGGGUACUCUGCGAACUGUAGUUCAUGAAUAAACUAGGUGUCUUCCCCCUCUGCCAUGGAAUACUCUGGGAACUCAGCAACAGUUUCCCAGAGCCCCUUGGUUGGGGAGCAAGAACAAUUAAAAGCUCUGAAGCGGGUGUGUAGAUGUGCCCCAAAUAUCCUUACUUAGCUGCCUUCCCCUCUCCCAUUAGCAUCAGCGGCUGAGCAAUUUGACUUUUUCAACUUGGGAAAACACAGGUCAGACUUUGAGUAGAUACGCUCGAGGAAAUGACUGCAUUGUACCCGAUCCCUGGACACUAGCUAGACCUGUGAAGCCCUACAGACAGACGACCAAGGUUUCGCGCCCAUUGCAGCUGGGAAUUGGAAACAACCUCCUUCCUUCCUUCUGUCUCUUGCUUCAUAGGUUUAUGGGUAUUGUUUUGACUGUGGAAGAAGUCACUUUGUUACACCUCCUCUGAAAUCUAUAGUAGCUCUGAAUGCUUAGCCCCUGUAUUGUAGGAAAUUUGAGCAAAUUCAAGCGUCCCUCAGUCGCUGCAGACAAAUCGUCCUGUAAACAAUGGGGCAUGUAUGUAAUGGGUGCCACUGUUCAAAAUGGAAAAGAAAUAAAAACU